AUGUCACAUCAAUUCCUGCAGGCCACCCCGGUGCCUGCCAGCCAAGAAUACUAUGAUCUGGGCUCCUUCGGCCGCAAGAUCAGCACCACGAGCUCUGAUGCGCAGAUCUGGUUCAAUCGUGGCCUCACCUGGGCAUACGCAUUCAAUCACGAUGAGGCCGAAAAAUGCUUCCAGCAGGUACUUGCCCACGACCCGACCUGCGUCAUGGGCUAUUGGGGCGUGGCCUUCGCCGCGGGCCCCAACUACAACAAACAGUGGGCUGCGUUCGACGAAGCCGAUCUACGCCAUACCGUCCAGAAGACGUAUCAUGUUCCUCGUGCUGGACUCGCCCAUCUCUCUACCGCUACACCUCUCGAGCAGAGUCUCAUCCAGGCCAUCCAGCACCGGUUUCCCACGGACGGCGUCAUCGAGGACUUUAACGCCACCAAUCGAGCCUACGCUGAUGCCAUGCGGACUGUCUACCAAGUGCACGGUGGCAAUAACGAUCUCGACCUGACCGCACUCUUCGCGGACGCUCUCAUGAAUGUCAGUCCAUGGGGCCUCUACGAAGCUAGCACCGGCCAACCCAUUCUCUCGACGCCGGUGCUCGAAGUCAAAGAGGUCCUUGAACGGGGUCUCAAAGACCCCAUGGCCAAAGCCCACCCGGGUAUCCUCCACAUGUACAUCCAUCUCAUGGAGAUGUCUACCACCCCCGAGGCGGCCCUCGUUCCCGCCGAUCAUCUCCGCGACCUCAUCCCGGAUUCUGGUCAUCUUUGUCACAUGCCGUCGCAUUUGGACGUGCUCAUCGGCGACUACCGCCGCUCCAUUGCCAGCAACACCAAGGCGACCAUCGCCGACGACAAGUUCUACGCCCGUGAAGGCGGCCAGAACUUCUACAGCUUCUACCGCCUGCACAACUACCACUCGCUCAUCUACGCCGCCAUGUUGGCCGGCCAGUGCGCCGUAUCCAUCGACGCCACGGACCGCAUGGAGUCCACCAUGCCCGAGGCCCUAUUGAAGAUUGAAUCCCCUCCCAUGGCCAACUGGAUGGAAUCCUUCCUCUCGGUGCGCGUACACGUCCUCAUCCGCUUCGGCCUCUGGGAGGACCUCAAAGCCCUACCCAUACCCACCGACCCAGACCUCUACUGCGUCACCAUCGCAACCAUCUACUACGGCAAGGCGAUUGCGUACGCCGCCACCAGCAAUAUCCCGGAGGCCGAGCGCCACCGCACGCUCUACCAGUCCGCCGCCUCCCGCGUGCCCGACACCCGCAUCAACUUCCCCAACAAAGUCAAUGACAUGCUCCGAGUCGCCACGGCAAUGCUCGACGGCGAGCUCGAGUACCGACGCAGAAACUACGACGUCGCAUUCGCGCACCUCCGCGACGCCAUCCGCGCCGAAGACGCCCUCCUCUACUCCGAGCCGUGGGGCUGGAUGGUACCGGCCCGUCACGCCUACGCGGCCCUCCUCCUCGAACAAGGCCACGUCGCCGAGGCGGCGGAAGCGUACGCCGAGGAUCUGGGUCUCAGCGAGAAACUGGUGGGUACGCAUCGGCAUCCGAACAACGUGUGGGCGCUGCACGGGUAUCAUGGGUGUUUGGUGCGGUUGGGACGCGUCGCGGAGGCCAGGAUGAUUGAACCAACGUUGAAGGUUGCGAUGGCGGUGGCAGAUGUGGAGAUUCGGUCGUCGUGCUUUUGUCGUUUGGAGAAGGUGGAUGGAUGUGGAUGUUGA